AUGGACAACCUCACUGUCUUCACAGAAUUCCUCCUCGUGGAUUUUGCAGGAUCCUGGGAGCCCCAGGUUCUGCAAGGUGUGCUGUUCUUAGUGAUUUAUCUGGGAGCACUAACAGGAAAUCUUGUGACUGUAACUGUCAUCAUGACAGACACACAUCUGCACUCUCCCAUGUACUUUUUUAUAAUCAGUGUGGCCUUAAUAGACUGUGGCAGCAUCUCAGUUAUUGUUCCCAAGGCCAUAGUGAAUUCCAUGACAGGCUGUAAGACCAUAUCUCUGACGGAGUGUGCUGCACAGAUUUUCCUCUAUCUUCUUUUUGCAGAGGUAGAAUUUGCCCUCCUGGUUGUCAUGUCCUAUGACUGCUACAUGGCCAUUUGCGACCCUCUGCACUACAGGCUCAUCAUCACACAGUCUUUGUUCCCAGGCCACAGCUGGCUCCUGGGUCUCUGGUCUGGUCUUCUCUGCUGUCCACACAGGAGCUCUGUUCAGGCUUCCUCCACCAAGACCAAUGUGAUCCACCAAUAUUUCUGUGAUAUUCCUCAAAUCCUGAGGAUUUCAUGUUCAGAUGUCCAGUUUUCUGAAUUUGUACUUCUUGCUGUAAGUGCUUCCCUCAUCUUAGUGUGUCUUGCCUUUAUGUUUCUGUCAUAUGUUAAAAUAUUUUCAACUGUGUUUAAGAUCCUUUCUAUGGAAGCCCGUAACAAAGCCAUAUCCACCUGUAUCCCACAGCUGGCCAUUCUCCUUUUGUUUCACAUCUCUGGGGAGGUGUCUGUCUUGGGUCACAUUGCAAAGAAACCAUCCCUGAAGAAUCUGCUGAUGGCCAUGUUCUACACCAUGGUGCUCCCAUUUGUGAACCCCAUCAUCUACUGUCUACACAUCAAGGAAAUCAAUGGUUCUCUGAGAAGAAUGUUCAGUAGAUAA